AUGCUGGUCCGCCUCCUUGCCACUUCGGCCGGCCUUUGUGGCGCCUCGUUGCCGGAGGCGGGCGCGAAGCCCAAGGCUGAUGUGAAAACACUGCAGGAGGUGGAGCAAGCAACGAGUGGGGGCAAGUACCCUCGAGCGUUUCCCCACGGCGUGCUGAAUGCAGAGUGGAGCAACGAUCGGAAGAUUUUGCGCAAGUUGCGCAAGGCUUUACGAAUGGGCAAACCCUUCGUGAUCAAGGACUUCCUGUUCGGUCCGGUUGCAGAGGCGUUGCUGCAGCAGUUGCAGCAGCUCAGUGAUCGGCAGGAUGAUGAAGACGAAGAGGGCUAUCCGUUCCAAAGACUGACGGAAGGCCCAUUUCACUCUCAGCCACGGGGUUGGGCACCUUUGAAGCCCAAUCCGUGCACACAGGUUGUCUCGGAUUUCUUGGAGACGCGAAAACACCGCUUCGCCUUUACAGGGCACAUCUUAAUUGGUCGGACAGGGGACAAGCACAAUGCCUGGCAUUCCGCUUUCCGUCAAGCCAUGGAGCACCCGGCGGUUGUUCAGUUCUGGCAGGCUCUCACUGGCAUGCCGAAGUGGGUGACCCGCUACGAUCCUUCAUGGUCUUGGCUUCGCCCUGGUGACUACUACGGCCUGCAUGCCGACGAUGCGCAGGCGAGAUACCUCGCGUUGACCAUCCACCUCGCCAGUGGCUGGUCGGCAAAACAAGGAGGCGAGCUUGUUUGGUGCGGUCCGGAGGGAAAUGGCGAUGUGACCAUCGAGGCCCCUGAUCGUCCUCACUUCCACAAGAGCUUCAAUGUCUCGAAGGGGGGCAGCGCUUUGCUGCCGAGCUUCAAUGUGGCGGUGAUCUUUCCUGUCUUCCAGAACAGCUACCAUGCUGUGGCGCCUGUACGUCAUGGUGAUGGCAAAGGCCGGCGAUUCACGCUUCAGGGCUGGUAUGUGGAUCCAUGCCAACUGCAGGAAGCCAAAGGCAGCUGCAUGCCCGACGCCAUGCGCAAAUUCAAGGAGUGGUCAGAGAAGAUCGCUGCCAAGUCCACUGGGUGGGGCAAGGGGCCGACAGGCCUCCAAAGACCGAAAGCUCGCAGCAACGCUGAGCCGUCCAGCAAUUACCCCGCAGCUCUUUGUGCCGUGCAUGUAGCGGUGCUGGCAUCAAAAGGAAGCAUGACCAUCGAACAUGCACCGGAAGAGAGCCCAGAACGAAGCCAAAUGGGCCGCAGAGAAGGCAUCGAAACCAAAGGCGUCAGGCAGGGUCAGUGGCAGGGCCUGGCAGGUGGUGGUGCAGCCGCGGAGGCAGAGAAGGCGACGCCCGUCACGCGGGCGCCGACUUGUGAGUGGGUAGAGGAAAAGACGGACGAAGGCAAGGUGGCCUAUCGCAAUGGACGAACCGGGGAGGUGGUCGAGGAACUUCCUGAUGGCGUGACGGCUGCCGAUGUCCAAAAGGCGGUCCCAGAUGGCUCUUCGAAGGCCGACGCGUUGCAGCAGUUCAUUUGGCACUGCGCCCUCUCCGACGAUGCCGCUGGGCGCACGUCCGCCCUGGCAGCAGGCAAGGCCGCUAGCGACUAUGGCUCGCUCGAGACCGGCUCCGCGAAUGCUUUCGUCCCAGGCCCCGGCCAAGCCAUCGAGACUGAGGAAAGCAAAGCAGCAGCACGCGCAAAGCCGUCCUGGAAGGAUUUGCCGCCGCUUCUGCUGCCUUGGAUCCUUUUCGGCAUGGUUCUUUUGGCCACAGCGCUGGUUCAGGGCCAGGCAAUCUCACUUCUGGCCUCUGCUGCAUGUUUCCUUCUCUCCGUGGGCUUUCUGCUGUUCUCUCGAGGGCCGGCUUGGCGCGUGCUUGCGGUCAGCUGCUUCUGUAUCACUCUCUUUGGCAUCGCCCUCGGGCAGUACGACAAGAUCAAGUACCUGUAUCCCUACUACUUCUUCCAGCGCAGCCCUGGCUACUCCAAUGUCGAUCCGAUGUCGAAGCCGGGCUCAGUGGCAGAUGCAGGCUACGUGAGCUUUCAGCCGGGCGCUCAUGUGGACACUUCCCGAGGCGUUGGCUUCGUUUCCGGCACUCUGUGGUGCGCCGCACCCGUUGUUAUGGACGAGAUGGCGACGUCAGCCGGCUACUGGGCUGUGGGCACUGACUGCUGCAAGCGCCAAGGAAGCUUCGAAUGUGGGGAUGCACAGAACCGCUCGGUGAGGAGUGGUGUCGUGAUUCAAGACUCCAGCCCAAUUCUGGAAGGCGAACUGCCCAAGUACAUUCAGGCUGCGAGAAUGGCUGCGGAGACCUAUGGCAUCAACAUGCCGCGGAAUCCAAUGUUCAUCCGCUGGAACGAUACGCCCGAGAGACAAGAAAGUUGGUUCUGGAGCAACGCCACGAACUUCGUCCUCGUUUCCUUGUUUAUCUUCUUUCUUCUGACACCCUGUCUCCUCCUAGUCUUCGUGUGCACGGGCUUUACGCUCUUCGGCAUGGAGGACAGUCCGCAGUGGCAUCCAGAAAAACUAGACUUUAUGACAUUCGGCUUCGACUGGACUUCCAGAGUUUAUCCAAGCUACAUCCGUCAGGACCUGCUGUAUGGCCGCACAUUUUGGACAGGCGAGGUGAUCGAGGACUAUGUGUUCCAUGCUGCCAACCGGCAUGUCUACUUGGGCAUCCUGUUCUGCCAUCCUGCUCACCCCUACAGCAAGUGGCAACGCUUGGUGGUAGCGAUCUCUGCCUCUUGCAUUUCUUGGUUCAUUGUGACAGCCGUCGCGGCCUUUACCGGACAGACUGCACUUCGCAUCGUGACCAUCAUAGUCCUCUGCCUGGUGACACGAAACACGCUCAAGCUGGUCCUUCUCACAUACGGCAUCGGGCGAGACUUUGGCGAGGCCCACGUGAUUCGCAGCUCUCUUGGCACGGCCUUGAGCGUAAAUGCCUUGGGCAUUCUGGUGCUGUACCUGGUAAUGGCAGCCUCUGCUCUGGGCGCUGCAUCGGCACUUGUAAGCGCAGCAGGAGCGAAAUCCAUCGGCGAGGAGCUCGGCAAGAACGUAGAUGUCCUGGCCUACAUGUAUGUCCUAGACUUCUUGGUGGAUGCUGUGACGCCUUACGUGGGCUUGGACGAGCUCAGUGGUGUGUGGGCAUUCGGCUUCUUUGGCAGAUGGCGAGAUGAACGAGACGAGUUCGAGGCGGCGAAAGCUAACAGCCACAAGUUCCGAUGGACUUCGCUGGGCGCUGAGGUCCUGGGCAUGGGCCCCAGCGGAUCUGCUCCCAAGCGAGGCCUGAGUGAUCAGUAUGAUUGA